GUUCAGAUUGGACGCUCCUUUUGCACAUACAGAAGCUUUGUAGCUUCUCUCAAGCCUCGAAUGCCACUAGAUAGCCAGGUAAUGGAUGUGUGGACUGAGAAGUUCAACCGUGAAUCAACAUUAUUGGCUGCGAAAAGCAACCGAGCGAAGAAAAAGUAUGCAUUCUCGCAGCAUAUGGUGUCUAAGCUAAUUGUCGAUCCAGCAACAUUCAAUCCAAAAGAAUGCAUGAAAGAUUUCAAGUCCGAAGUCAGCAAGUCAAAAAUGCUAAAAGAUGACCUCCUGUACUUUCCUGUUGUCAAAGACUACCACUGGAUUGUGUGUUCUGUCAAUCUUGUGCACAAGCAGUACCACAUUUUUGAUUCAUUGCUUAAAGCUGAUGGUACCAGCAAGUUGCAAGAAGCUGCAAAUAAUCUGGUUAGUGAUACAAAUAGUUCAUGUAGCAUAUGUGUAUUAAAAAUCAAUGACUAACUACACUUGCUUUUGUUACUUCAUAGUUCACAAACUUCAGGAGGCUUGUCAAUGAGUCAGGUGUAGCAAAGAUUGGUUGGUCCGUUUACAACUUGUCUACACCUGACCAUCCACAACAGAAGACAACGUAAGUUUUGUUGUUUUCAGAGCCUUUUUUGCAAAAUCCAAAUUGUUACCCAAACAUACAACUCACACACUAAUUGCUUCCAUGUUUUAUUUUCAUGCUACAGGUUUGAUUGUGGAUUCUUCUGUCUUCUGUACAUGGACCAUUUCACAGGGAAGGUGGUGGCAGAGUUUGAUGACAAGGUCAUUCCAGAUUUUCGCAAGUACAUAGCAUCAAGUCUGAUCAACAAUAGAGACAACGCAGAGUCUGUUG